AUGAGCACCCAGGAAACGUCCCCGCACGCGCAGAUGCGCCACAGCCGCUCGAUGGACAUGGGCGUAGUCCGCACAAUCGAUACGUCGCAUCAAAUGGAGGAAGUCAAGGCCUUGAUCCUCUCGAGCGACGUCUUUAACACGGACACAGUCACGGCCGAAGUCGAGUGGUUCUACGGACCUUUGGGCAUCCACGACUUCUACUUCCUGGGCCAGUCCCCCCUCGUGAUUGCACAGCACAUUCAGAGCCUCAUCGCUGCUAAGCUCAUGUCGAAGGCGUCAAACCGUCCAGACGUCAAACUCGAGCAAGAGACCGCCAAUGGCGCCUUCUUUGCCGUCCUUAGCAACGUCGUUGGCAGCGCCAAUGAACCAAGUCGUCGGGCGGCUCGCUACGAUGCUGGGAUCACCGAGACGGAGGUCCUUGAGCGCCGACUGGAGAAGCACUACCUCAGUGGCUCUAGUGGUGUCAUUGGAGACGGCGUGAAAGCUGGGUACCAGUACCUUGAGAAGGCUGAAGCGACCAAGAAACGCACGUACCGGAUGCAGUGCUACCGCUCGAGCGGUGUGCUGGAUCCCGUCUCGGUGCCCUAUCACGUGCGCAUGUACUUCUUGCAAGAGCCUCAAUUCGCUGAUCCGAGCGUGAGCAAGCACGAGACGGACAUUAACAAAAUAGCAGACAAGGUCUUUCUUGAGCGCUCGGGGUCCCGUCUCAAAGACGUCUACCAGGAGUGCAUCAUCAAAGCCAUGGCUCAAAUGACUCCUGCUUUCCACGCUGAAGUCUGGACUGAAGCUGAUGGCUCGAAAAUGGCACGGCUUGCUAUUGCUUACCGCAGUGGCGCCACGCACUCGUACUUUUCCAGUAUCGCAGAUGUUUACCGCCAGCACGGCCUCUUCUCCCAGCGCAAGUACGCCGAGUUCUUUGCUAAUGGCAUUGUCAUUUACACGUUCUACCUCCAGAUGCUGGACAAUCCCACCGCUGGAACGGGACCGUUUGAAGACCGCCUUAAAGCUGUGGUGAACGAUGCCUCCAUGCACUUUACGCUCCCCCGCACGUCCCUCACACCCAUGCUUACGGACGGGCUGCUGACUCCUCAGCAGAUCGCAUAUGCUUACGCAGCCUGGAAGUUCACCUUCCACUUCAUGCGUCGUUUGCCCGAGUCGUUUGCAAUAGUGUGCAAGUCACUGCGUGACCGCGACCCGAGCGCGUUCGCUCGCCUUGAGCAGCUCCGCUCGACGAUGAAGCUCAACACGUACACCGAGUCGCAGAUCCUCGACCACAUCUUGAGCUCGGCCGAUAUCGUCAAACUUCUGUAUGCGGAGUUCCAGGCUCUGCAUGAGCCACACAAGGACAACAAAGUGCUUGAUGUGGAUACAAGCGCCACGUUGUCGACUCUACGCAAGUCCAUUGUGGCCGAACAGGCUCUGCAGAUCUUCUCGCUGUUCCACGUCUUUAACAAGCACAUCAGGAAGACGAACUUCUUUGCGAAUGACAAGGCGGCUCUCAGCUUCCGCUUGGAUGGCAAGUUCCUCAGCAAGACCGAGUUCCCUGAUGAACCACAUGCCAUUAUCUACGUGAUCGGCUCCGAGUUUCGUGGCUUCCAUGUGCGCUUUCUGGAUGUCGCUCGAGGCGGCAUCCGAAUGAUUCGGUCGUCGCACGCUCAGGUGUAUCUGGACAACGCGUCGUCGCUCUUUGACGAGUGUUACGGGCUCGCAUCGACACAGCAUCGCAAGAACAAGGACAUCCCGGAAGGCGGCUCGAAAGGCGUUGUGUUGCUCAACCAGGCUCACCAGGACAAGGCUGACGUCGCCUUCCGCAAGUACAUUGAUGCCGUGCUUGACCUCAUGCUGAUGAAGGAGCCAGAAGAGGACAUUUUGUUCCUUGGCCCUGAUGAAGGUACAGCUCAUCUUAUGGACUGGGCCAGCUCACACGCCAAGCAGCGUGGGUACUCGUACUGGAAAGCCAUUACGACGGGCAAGUCAGCUUCCCGUGGUGGAAUUCCGCACGACGUGUAUGGCAUGACUACUCACAGUGUGCGCGAGUACGUGGUUGGCAUUCAGCGCAAGUUGCAGCUCCAGGCGCCCAUUACAAAGGUGCAGACCGGUGGUCCUGACGGUGAUCUUGGCAGUAACGAAAUCAAGAUGAGUCCACAGGAAGAGACGAUUGCUAUCGUCGAUGGUUCCGGUGUGCUGUACGAUCCCAAGGGCAUCAACCGCGAGGACCUGUUGAAGCUUGCCAAAGAACGCAGCCCCGUCUCGGGUUUCGACACGAGCAAGCUGUCAUCCGACGGCUACUUGGUGCUUGUCUCGCACAACGACAUCACGCUUCCGAGUGGUGAUGUCGUAGAAAACGGCACGGAGUUCCGCAACUUUUUCCACUUGCGACCGGAUCUGACUGCCGACUUCUUCGUGCCAUGCGGUGGUCGCCCUGCUGCCGUGAACCUCAACAAUGUCGAGCAGUUCAUGUAUUGCGAGGGUGGCCGCACGCUUCGCUUCAAGUAUAUUGUCGAAGGCGCCAACCUCUUCUUCACGCAAGACGCUCGUUCGCGUCUGGAAGAGGCCGGUGUGAUCCUGUUCAAAGACGCUUCGGCCAACAAAGGUGGGGUGACCUCCUCGUCCCUUGAAGUCUUGGCUGCUUUGUCCAUGACGGACGAGGAGUUUGCUGAGCACAUGCAGGUUGACGAAGCCACUGGAAAGCCUCCCGCUUUUUACGCCGACUACGUGAGCGAGGUGCAAAAGCGCAUUGAGCUCAACGCUCAGCGUGAGUUUGAGUGCAUUUGGCGCGAGCAUGAGCGUACGGGCACGCACUACUCCGUACUGACUAAUCAACUUAGUGAGCGGAUCACGAACCUGAGCGCGAAGAUCCAGGACUCGGCACUAUGGGACAAUACGACAUUGCGCGAGAGGAUUUUUGCAGACGGGUUUCCAGACAUCUUGUUGCGCAAGGCAUCGCAGGAGGAGCUACUGAGGCGCUUGCCGGAGAGCUACACGCGUGCUUUCUUUGCAUCGCAGCUCGCAAGCCGUCUCAUCUAUAGCGUUGGUCUCAGUGCACCUGAGUUCUCUUUCUACGAGUUCAUUCAAGAGCUCGUGAGUGGCAAGUGA